ACCUCCCUGACCACCGCCACGCGGCUGGGCCUCGGAUGGUCAGGCCGGGUCCCGGAUCUCCUCCCUUAGCCCACCGAGAGGAGGUGCCCGGAGGUCGUCUGCCCCGCCUCGGGGCUUCCAGCUCCCACUGAAAUAGCCCGUCGGGAGAAGCGAGGGCGAAAUUCCUUGUCAGAGGUGCUCGCGGGGAGGAGGAGCAGCGCUUCCUGUCCCAGCCCGUUUCUCUCCCCUUCUGCAGCCCUGAAACGGGAGGCCCUCAGCUGGAAGGAUGCCCCCUGCGCGAUCCUCCAAGGGCUUGGGUAGCAAGCAGGUCCGAUCCGGCCGAGGAGCAGGGGUGGAAAAUGUGCAAGCGGACAAGGAGGAGAUUUCUCAGGUGAAACGAUCCCCCUCGUCACCCCAGGGGGCACCCAGGAAGCGAUCGGCCUUUGGCGAUAUCACCAAUGCUCACAAGGCCCAGGGCUUUGUGGGGAAGAAGGAGCCGGAGAAGAUGAUUCCCAAGAAGGCCUCCAAAGGAUCCACUGCGCUGAAUGUGGCCAAGAACAAUGAGACCAACCUGAAGAAGUCCCUGGACAAAGCAUCCUCUGAGGACAGUCCGGCUAAGCUGAGCCAUGUGGUCAACAGUGGCCUCAGACAGGAGCAGGUCGACCCGCUGGUAGUGGUGGUAUCACCAGCAGAACUGGUGGCUCCAGCUGAGGACAUCGACAAGGGGCAGCUGGACGACCCCUAUGCCAAUGCCGAAUAUGCCAAGGACAUCUUCGAGUACAUGCAGGAGCGAGAGAAGAGUUUCCUGCUCCCAGACUACAUGAAGAGCCAGCCGGACAUCACCAUGGACAUGCGGGCCAUCCUGGUGGACUGGAUGGUGGAGGUGCAGGAGAACUUUGAGCUCACCCACGAGACCCUCUACCUGGCAAUCAAACUGAUGGAUCACUACCUGGUUCAAGUGGCGGCCAUGAGGGACAAGCUGCAGCUGAUCGGUUCCACAGCCAUCCUCAUUGCCUCCAAGUUUGAGGAACGCUGCCCCCCCUGCUUGGAUGACUUCCUGUACAUCUGCGACGAUGCCUACCAGCGGGAGGAGCUUCUGGCCAUGGAGAGGAGCAUUCUGCAGACCCUCCACUUUGACAUCAAUAUCCCCAUCGCCUACCGCUUCCUCCGGCGGUUUGCGAAGUGUGCCCGGGCUACAAUGGAGACCCUGACCCUGGCCCGUUUCAUCUGUGAGCUGACCCUGCAGGACUACGCCUUUGUGCAGGAGGGGGCUUCCCGCCUGGCUGCCAGCUGCCUCCUCCUGGCGCUCAAGAUGAAGAACCUCGGUGGAUGGAGCCCAACACUGCAGUACUACAGUGGCUACCACGUGCCAGACCUUCUCCCUCUGGUCAGGAGGCUCAAUUUUCUGCUGACUUGUGGCCAGGAUGACCGGCUGAGGGCCGUGCGCAACAAAUACUCCCACCGGGUCUUCUUCGAGGUGGCCAAGACGGAGCUGGUGAGCAUGCAGGCACUGGAGAAGGCUCUGCAGAGCUAGCCCCGGUGCUGCGGGUCAGGCGUCUCCAGCUUGGGAAACUGGAGCCAACCUACCCUGUAAAUAGAUGUUCAGUCUAUGAAGCCUGUAAAUAAUUGUUUUUUAAUGAUGGAGGGGAAAAAAUGAAAACUGUUAUGGGGAGGGGGGGGGAGAAAUUGUGUGA